ACCCUGUCUUACAAAUUCAUCCUACAUGUUUAGCAAGUAAUACUUAUGUAAAGCGACUGACACGUAUCUUGUGUUCAAUCUCUCAUAGCUGGAACGUCUAGUUCACUUAGUACGUAGUGCCACCGCUACCAUAAAAUUCUUCAAAAUUCUGCUCUUUUUUGUUGCUAAACGAAAGAGGAUAAACCAAGGAUGAGUUAUUAUCCGACCGAGUUUCCUUCGACGCUGGUGACUCGAGUUUUCGGGUCGCCAACGAUGGACGCUUUCGUUACGUGGAACGGGACGAGAGACGAGAACGCUUCGGCGACCCCCUCAACUACCGCCGAGGAAGGAUCCGCCCUCGGCACGGUGGUCCUAGAGAUAACGGCGAUGUUGCUGAUCAUGCUGGCUACUGUACUAGGAAACGCUGCCGUGUGUUGGAUGGUCAUUUCCAACCCCAAACUCCGGACUGUGUCCAACCAACUCGUCUUCAACCUCGCUCUCUGCGAUCUUCUUACCGCAGUGGUCAACGGUCCCAUAACGGUGGUAGUUCUCGUCUCCGAGAAGCGUUGGAACAUGGGCGACGCAAUGUGUGCUAUCAACGGCUUUACCACGACGAUGUUCGGCUUGGCGUCCGUCCUAACUCUCGCUGUUAUAUCUCUCAACCGAUUCGCCAUGAUCGUCCACCCACAGAAAGCCGGUCGAUGGUUCAGCGUGUGGAAACUCCGAGCCAUGAUAUUUGGUGAGUACUAUACCUUUUCCUUUACCUAG